GUGACGGGUGGGGCCGAGUGCGCCAGUCCCUGCAGUUAGCGGCCUGGUCAUGGCUUUGCUCAGGUUUUCUUGGUCUCCUAAAUAUAAAAUACCAACUUUAUACUCCUCAGGCACCUUUCCCUCCCCCCUCAUUGGUUCUCUCUCAGCCCUGUGUAGAGGGCCAGUUCAACAGAGUCCUGUAAUAUCCUGAAGUGGAGGGGAGACUGCCUGCCUGCCAGAGAGCAGCCUCACCAGCCCUGUCCCCAAGGCCGAGAUGCAGGCAGCAGGCUGGGGCCUCGGCGUCCAGUACUCUUGUGAACCCGCAUCCGUCCCUCCCGGCCAUCCGACCCCCCCGAGUGGCGUUUUCUGGGCUGUGUGUCUGUCACCUGGCCCUACAGUUUGUGAUUUAGAGCAGCCCCUGGUGUUCCCAUUCUCCAGAUGAGGAAACUGGGGACAGAGGGGAUGGGGCCUACUCAAGGGAGGAACGCUCGCGCGGGGACAGACGGCGACACACGGGGACACAAGGGGGCCUGUCAGGCUGUUUUGGGGAUUCUUCUUGGAAGAGCCAAGCACACAGUAGAUGCUCAGUGCCUGCACGGUGGUGGUCAUGGGGCAGGAGUUAGAGCCCUGGCGUCCUUCGUCAAACAAAGGUCGCCGCCCUGGAGAGGCAGGUGUUUGACUUCCUGGGCUACCAGUGGGCGCCCAUCCUGGCCAACUUUGUCCACAUCAUCGUCGUCAUCCUGGGACUCUUCGGCACCAUCCAGUACCGGCUGCGCUACGUCAUGGUGUACACGGUGUGGGCAGCCGUCUGGGUCACCUGGAACGUCUUCAUCAUCUGCUUCUACCUGGAAGUCGGUGGCCUCUUACAGGACAGCGAGCUACUGACCUUCAGCCUCUCCCGGCAUCGCUCCUGGUGGCGUGAGCGCUGGCCAGGCUGUCUGCAUGAGGAGGUGCCGGCAGUGGGCCUCGGGGCCCCCCAUGGCCAGGCCCUGGUGUCAGGUGCUGGCUGUGCCCUGGAGCCCAGCUAUGUGGAGGCCCUACACAGCGGCCUGCAGAUCCUGAUCGCGCUUCUGGGCUUUGUCUGUGGCUGCCAUGUGGUCAGCGUAUUUACGGAGGAAGAGGACAGCUUUGAUUUCAUUGGUGGAUUUGAUCCAUUUCCUCUCUACCAUGUCAAUGAAAAGCCACCCAGUCUCUUGUCCAAGCAGGCGUACUUGCCUGCGUAAGUGAGGAAACAGCUGAUCCUGCUCCUGUGGCCUCCAGCCUCAGCGACCGACCAGUGACAAUGACAGGAGCUCCCAGGCCUUGGGACGCGCCCCCACCCAGCACCCCCCGGGCGGCCAGCAGCACCUGCCCUGGGUUCUAAGUGCUGGACACCAGCCAGGGCGGCAGGGCAGUGCCACGGCUGGCUGCAGCGUCAAGAGAGUUUGUAAUUUCCUUUCUCUUAAAAAAAAAAAAGAAAAGAAAACAUACAAAAGAAAAGGCAAAACCCCACAUGCCCACCUCCUCUGGCAACGUGGGGGUCACAGCUCUGCCCCCAGGCCGUCGUCUCGUCGAGGAGCCCCUCCCUCAGGUGCCCACCUGGGGCUGCUGGACCCUCGGGCUGCAAGCACUGCUGCUGGGAUGCAGCCUCCCCAGGAAGUCAAUGUGAGGCCCGAGACCCCUCAAGCGGUGAGGGCCCCUGUUGAACAUGGAGGGUUCCUAACCCCAAACUCGUGCCAGAAGAACCCCCACCCCACCCAGGAGCUGAGGCUGAUGGAGCCCUGGGGUGGGGGCUGGGCUUGACCAGGAACAGCAGAGCCAGGCCCCAAGGCAUAGGGCAGGGCACAAGGUGGUGACGAGCAGGCGGUACUCUUGUAAAGGGGGGUCUUGGGCAAACAGUCCCAAAGGCUCCCCCAGGUAUCAUCAACUUGGUAAAUAAACAGGAACAUGGCCCUC